AUGUCGGAUGAAUACACGGAUGAUAAUGCCCUGAUUCCGAAGAACUCAUCGGUAAUUGUUAGAAGAAUCCCUAUUGGAGGAGUUAAAGCUACCAGCAAAACAUAUGUUAUAAGUCGAACUGAGCCAGUGAGUGGAACAUCAAAAGCAGUAUGUAAAAACACAAUCUCACACUUUUUUCUACACACUGCACUUAAUUCUAAACAAUGUAGUCUUUUAUUAAUUUUCCGAACAUUAACUUAAUAUAUUUUCCAGUAAAACGUAGUAUAUGUUGUACAUACAAUGUAUUUGAUUCAGCAUAGUAAAAACAGUAAUGCCAUCAUUUGCACAGUUCUAAUGUGAAUACUGGUAUUUGUGCCUAGUAAUGCAUUGUAUUUCAUAUUGAAUAUGCUAGAAUAUUUCCUGUAUGACUUUGUGUUGUACAGAUAAUGUAUGAUCGUUUUUAGAUCAUGUAGGUUCAAGGUUUGCACAAUUGAACAUGGUGCCAUGUUCUACAUCUGUCUGUCUAUAGCUAGUAAUAUGUAUGUUUGUAUAGGUUGUUGUGUGCUUUUUGUUUCUUGCAAUAAAAAUUGUUUGGAGUGUAUUUUUUGCCAUUUUCACAUUGUAUCACUUAGCUUUUGUUUUUAAAUACUUUUUUUUUGCCUAAUGGUUUUUGAAAAUGUUAUCAAAAACCGCUGAAAAACCAUUAUUGU